UACUCACUACGAAGAAAAUGUCCCCGAACUUGACUUGUGAGGCUAUGCGCGCCUCUUUUUCCACGAGGCUCACUGUGGCCAAAAGGAAAGAAGCUUUUGAGUUUAGGAAGACGAUGAAACCUUUGGUGGAAAAAAGACGGCGCGCUCGUAUUAACAACAGCCUGAACCACCUGAAAGACCUGAUUCUCCCUCUCACUGGCAAAGAUAAAUCCCGUUACUCCAAGCUGGAGAAGGCAGACAUCCUUGAAAUGACUGUGAGGUUCCUCAGUGACAUCCCGCCUGGCCACAACAAAAAUGACACAGACAGCUACAAAGAAGGCUACAAAGCAUGCCUCCAGCGAGUCUCGGCCCUCCUUCCCAAAACCUCUCUAGACCAGGAAGCUUCCCAGCGGGUGUCGGACUUCAUCAAGCGGUCCAUGUCAGCCACAGCGAGUCGGUCUUGCCUCAGCUGUUGCGCCCAGACCUCCGCGGGGUUUCCUCACAUCCAGCAGAAGCUCCUGAGUCUCAAGUCCCGCCUUGGCUGGAAACUGGAGGGCUGGCAGAGGAGCCCGACAGCGGCGCUCGCUUCCAGCGGGGCUCGGGACGCACCGCAGCACGACAGCGCCACCGUGUGGAGACCCUGGUAGAUUAUUCACUAGUGGCUCCAAGACAAGUCAGCGGUGAAGUGUUUUUAAAGCAUGUUAUUUGGACAUGUUAGCUUGUACAAAUGUAAGAUUUACCUGUUAAAUCGCAGCAGC